ACCUCGUGUCAACUCAAUCUAAGUCUAUUCUUUUUAAUUGGAUGGAGAACUAUUCAUCACUACAAUUUAUUUUUCAAAAUAUUAAAUUUAUUAUGUUCAAAAAUUAUACAAUAAUGUUACCUUAUUGUUUAUUAUUUCUUAACCUAUAUAUGAUAAUGUGCCAGUAUUCUUAAACAAAUGAGUAAUUAACAACUAUCCAAGCCAUAUAUAGGUGUUGAAAGAGUAGCCAGAGUAGUGAGAGAAGAGAAAUUAGUCGCCCCAAGAAAAAAGCCAUGGAGCUCAACAGAUGUACGGUGCAGCAACCUACCACUGCCAUAUACCGACUACACAUGUUUCUCCACUCUCUAAUCAUGCUUGCAUUAGUAUACUAUCGUUUGGCUAAUCUGUUUUACUUCGAAAACGUCCUCACUUUACAAGCAUUUGCAUGGGGGCUUAUCACCUUAGGUGAAAUUUGUUUCAUUGUCAAGUGGUUCUUUGGUCAAGGGACUCGUUGGCGCCCCGUUGUCAGGGAAGUGUUCCUGGACAAUAUUACUUGCCAAGAUUCCCAGCUGCCCGCACUAGAUGUGAUGGUUUUCACUGCCAAUCCCAAGAAAGAGCCAAUUGUGGAUGUCAUGAACACUGUGAUAUCCGCAAUGGCUCUUGAUUACCCGACGGAUAAAUUGGCUGUGUAUCUGGCUGAUGAUGGAGGAUGCCCCUUGACGUUGUACGCCAUGGAGGAGGCCUGUUCUUUUGCCAAGUUGUGGCUACCUUUCUGUAGGAAGUAUGGAAUCAAAACAAGGUGCCCCAAAGCGUUUUUUUCUCCAUUAGGAGAAGAUGAUCGUAUCCUUAAGAACGAUGACUUUGUAGCUGAAAUGAAAGAAAUUAAAUUAAAAUAUGAGGAGUUCCAGCAGAAUGUAAACCUUGCUGGUGAAUCCGGAAAAAUCAAAGGUGACGUAGUGCCUGAUAGAGCCUCGUUUAUUAAGGUAAUAAAUGACAGGAAAAUGGAGAACAAGAAGAGUGCCGACGAUAUAACGAAAAUGCCUUUGCUAGUAUACGUAUCCCGUGAAAGAAGAUUUAACAGUCGUCAUCACUUCAAGGGUGGAUCUGCAAAUGCUCUUCUUCGAGUUUCAGGGAUAAUGAGUAAUGCCCCCUAUUUACUGGUCUUAGAUUGUGAUUUCUUCUGUCAUGAUCCAACAUCAGCUCGGAAGGCAAUGUGUUUCCAUCUUGAUCCAAAACUAUCACCUUCCUUAGCUUAUGUGCAGUUCCCUCAAGUGUUUUACAAUGUCAGCAAGUCCGAUAUAUACGAUGUCAAAAUUAGACAGGCUUACAAGACAAUAUGGCACGGAAUGGAUGGUAUCCAAGGCCCAGUGUUAUCGGGAACUGGGUAUUUUCUGAAGAGGAAAGCGUUAUACACGAGUCCAGGUCUAAAGGAUGAGUAUCUCAUUUCACCGGAAAAGCAUUUCGGAUCAAGUAGAAAGUUCAUUGCUUCUCUAGAGGAGAACAAUGGUUAUGUUAAGCAAGAGAAACUCAUAACAGAAGAUAUUAUAGAGGAAGCGAAGACCUUGUCUACUUGUGCAUACGAGGAUGGUACACGAUGGGGCGAAGAGAUCGGUUAUACCUACAAUUGCCAUUUGGAGAGCACUUUUACCGGCUAUCUUUUGCACUGCAAAGGGUGGACAUCAACAUAUUUGUAUCCAGAAAGGCCAUCUUUCUUGGGUUGUGCCCCAGUUGAUAUGCAAGGAUUCUCCUCACAACUCACAAAAUGGGUUGCUGCACUCACACAAGCUGGUCUAUCACAUCUCAAUCCCAUCACUUACGGCAUGAAGAGCAGGAUUAAGACUAUCCAAUGCUUGUGCUAUGCCUAUUUGAUGUAUUUCUCUCUCUAUUCUUGGGGAAUGGUUCUGCAUGCUAGUGUUCCUUCUAUUAGCCUUUUGCUUGGCAUUCAAGUCUACCCCGAGGUCUAUGAUCCAUGGUUUGCAGUGUAUGUGCUUGCUUUCAUAUCGACAAUUUUGGAGAACAUGUCAGAGUCAAUUCCAGAAGGCGGUUCAGUUAAAACUUGGUGGAUGGAAUACAGGGCACUGAUGAUGAUGGGAGUUAGUGCAAUAUGGUUAGGAGGAGUGAAAGCUAUAGUAGAAAAGAUCAUCGGAACUCAAGGAGAGAAAUUAUAUUUGUCGGACAAAGCAAUUGACAAGGAAAAGCUCAAGAAAUAUGAGAAGGGGAAAUUUGAUUUCCAAGGGAUAGGGAUACUUGCUGUUCCAUUGAUAACAUUCUCAGCGUUGAAUUUGGUAGGCUUCAUGGUUGGAGCUAAUCAAGUGAUUCUUACUAUGAAGUUCGAAGCUUUGCUAGGCCAACUCCUUGUGUCAUCCUUCUUCGUCUUUGUGGUGGUCACCGUUGUCAUAGAUGUCCUAUCUUUCUUAAAAGACUCUUAAACAUCGAUCUAGCCAUCUCAAAUGUGAUUCAAUUAUCAAAAAAGAUAUAUUAGUAAGUCGAUCAAAGUCAGAGUGGGGAAGGAAUUUUUAUUUUAGACUUACUAUGUUUUAUCUCUCUUGAAUAAUAAAGGGCUUCAAGUUAUUGAUGACA